AUGCUCUCGCCCGCCUCCUCAAGAAUACUCGCCAGCGGCACCCGCCGUGCGCUGCUCUCGUCUCGCGGCUUCCACGCCUCCGCUCGGCGCAUGGCCGAUUCUGCGCCCCUGCCGGCGCGCAAACCCAUGGGCGCUUUCAGAGGAGGUCUUUUUGGUUUCUUGUUCGGAAGUGUACUGGCCGGCGGCGCCGUCUACAGCUACGUCCUGCAAGAAUACCGGGCAUCCAACGAGCUGCUCACUGAGGACAUCUACACUCUGCAAGCUUCCGUCACCCGGCUGACAAACCACAUCAAGCUCCUCGAGGACAAGAUCCAGCAGAAGAGGAAGUAA